AUGUCGGCAAUCAUUGGAGAACCCCUGGCUUCGGCCAGCGAAAACAUAGUGCCAGCAUCAAUUGCGCACGACGUUAAGGCAGCACAAUGUUUAGACACGCUCAGCACAACCGCAGCCCUUGGAACCUCCAUGUUGACCAUUAGGCGACGAGCGCACUUCGAGACAUCCAAGCGGGUGAUUGCUGCUGCAGUUAACGAGCGUCUGGCCAUCGGAACUCUUGACACAUCUGCAGGCCACACUUUGUUGUUGCGUGCACCUAACCCCGAAGCCAUAACUGGGGAUAAUGACACUUGGAUUAAGUGUGGUAUCAGUGCUGACGCCUACGUUGAAAAGGACGGCUCCAGAUUGAUUGGAUUUUUGCGGGCUGAAGACCUACUCCAACCCGUUCUAACCGGAAGCACAACGAGCGAGGCACAUGAGGAGCUCGACCCGACAGUGUUGGCCCGUAUCAUUUGCCGUUGGCGACCUGACCUGGUGCAAAGUGACGGCGGAGAAAAACUCAUUAAUGAAUUGCAGAAUGCUACUAACAAUCAGGUUAAAUGGCUGGAAAUUGCCACCACUCAACCAAGACUGAAUCUGCUGUCUCCACUUCCUGAUUGGGAGCAAUCAGUCGUAACUGGGCAUCCCACUCAUCCGCUUCACAAAACAUGCUUUUCUCAAGCCCCACUGAAGCCCAUUGUGCCUGAUGACAUCCCAGAACUUUUAUCACCUGAAUUGACGUUCCUCUCCGUCCCAAGGUCGGAAUUAAAAGUCACUGGAGCCUUUGAGCAGCUUAUAGAGCCGCUUCUAAAAUCGGUUGGGGUUCCAACAGAGCCCGAGCAGCUUGAUCAUGUUAUUGUACCGUGCUUCACUCGCCAGCUGCCAAGCAUCAUGCCCUUGUACCCUCAAGCGCGUCGCAUUAAAAGUGUCCCAGACGCCUGUCGAGCACAGAUAUCAAUGCGCAGUGUAUCAUUCAAACCUCACGUUGCCUUUCCUCAUCAUUUAAAGAUGUCGCUAUAUGUUCAAAUUACUUCUGGUUUGAGGAACGUCAAACCCUCGGGCGCAAUUCUGGGUCCUACGAUUCUCAAACUACUACCAAACCUGCUUCCACCAGACCUCAAUCUAUGGUGGUUCCCAGAGCCUGCAUCCGUCACAGGUGGGCAGGAUGACUUCCUAGACGCGAGCCAAAUAACAUGCCUUAUCCGAAAGCUCCCAGAGCAGCUGGCCGAAAACCCUGAUGAAGUACUUAUCCCCGGUGCUGGGAUAAUGCAGAAGCCUUGGAACGAGGAUCAAUCAUACAUGGAGAUCGUAUUUGGUCUUGAUGAUUUAAAGAAAAAGCAAGAUUGGUUUAGAAAGUACUGUGUGCUAUUGUUCUCCUCUAUUCUGCCUCCCUUGGUUCAAUACGGACUUGGAUUCGAAAGUCACCUUCAAAACGUCGCCAUCCGUGUCAAUGUUAAAACAAACGAGGUAACAGGUUUUGCUAUCCGAGAUUUCGAAGGAACUAGGAUCCAUUACCCUACAUUCCUCCGAUCUGGAUAUGACCUUAGUGAGCUCCCUCCAGGUUCGCCCAAUCUUGCCGAUGACCUCCGUUCCCCUUGGAAUAAGGUGCAUCAUUCUCUCAUUCAGGAUCAUGUGGGCCCUAUCUUGCACAUAUUAGGAAUCGAGUCUCAUGGGGGUUGGACGAUUGUUCGUGAAGAGCUGGAAAGAGCGCUGAACCCCUCUGAAGACCCCGAGGGCAAAGCUUUGUAUGAUUUCCUUGCGAAAGAAACAAUGCCCAUCCCGGGUUUCAUGGGGAUGCGGAUGAUUGGGCGUUAUAUUGAGAGUCACGAGGUAGAGAUGCCAAAUUUUGUUCUCCGGGCAUGA